GAUCCUCUCAAUUUUACAUAACAUAUAGAAUUAUACUGCAGGGCAUUUCAACCCAAACGCCCAAAACUAUGGCACAAUAUCGUAUAGUGUAAUUAAAAAUAUAUUAAGAUGUAUGAAAAUGACAUAAAAGUUUAAAAUACAAAACAUUUCCUAUAGUGCAAAAUUAUAAAUAACAUUUCUAUAUAUCAUAGGUUUUCUAGUGUUCAUUAUUCAACUAUCCAGAAUGACUGCAAUAAACCUUAUCACUGCUCAUUAUAGUGUAGACACUUAUAACCUAGAGAUUUUUUCACAUGUAUUGUAUCGAAAUGUCCACUUUCCUAGCUAAUGUAACAAAUUGUAACUCUAAUAAAGAGAUGAAUGUAUCCUGUUCUGCCUUUAAGGAUUUUGAAUCCGUUUGCCCGGUAAAGCAUAAAACCGCCAGCAACGGUCAUAGCACCUAUCUUGAAAAAGUCCUCAGUAGUAGGACGAAACGCGUUGAUGAGGUGCUAGGAGGACUUUGCUGCAUAUCCUCUGUGGAUCAAGCUCGAGGAAGAAGCCGUUUUUAUCAACAGCAGUUCCCUACAGAAACAUCUUCGGACAACUAA